AUGUUAGAUAACAAGUACAAUAAAAGUAUUUUAGAUUUACCAUAUCAUAUAUUGAAAGAUAGAAUAUUUCACGUAGAGAAUGAAUUAGAGAUUCUAGAUGGCAUCUGUUUCAGUCUGACUUGUAAGCGAUUCUAUAUGAACAGAGAUCGCUACUUGGUGUUCAACUACAAGUACUAUCCACUAAAAUUCAUCGAAAGAGUGAGAGAUACCGCCUCUAUGAAAUCGUAUUCACAUCAAUACCAACAGAUGAUCGAUUCAAGACUAUCGGACAGUCAAUGUCAGAGAAUGAUCUUGUUUAGAGAGAAACAAGAAGUUAGUGCAGAUAUCUUUUCGACCUAUGAUUAUAUAGAGUAUUAUGAUGAGAAUAGUGAAGUAGCUAUACCACCAAACGUUCAUCUACCGGAUUCAGUUACAACUCUAACGUUUAUGAUGUACGAUUUGAAUGGUCAGACUAUCGAACCCAACACAUUCCCACCAGCAGUCAAAGAACUGGAUUUAUCGAAUCUGACCAACUACAAAUUGACCGUCGGAAGUAUACCGUCUGGCGUUUUAGAAUUGAAUCUCGGAAAAUAUCACCAUGUAUUAGAAGAGGGAAUCGUUCCACACGGUGUAAAGCGACUGACUAUUGCAAGCGAUCAUAGAAAUGGCAAACCAUUGGUAGCUGGCUCCAUUCCAGAUUCAGUUGAGAUACUACACUACUCGAAUGCCUGCAAGAUCGAACCAAACAUGCUGCCGGAAUCCAUUGAGAUUCUCUACUUGGGUUUCUUGUAUAAACAUCAGUUGGAACACGAAGUGCUGCCACCGCGCUUGAAGAAAUUCGUUUGGAACAGUCCGAUCAAUGUCGAUCUCGAGGAGAAUAUUCUACCACCGACCAUUUCGCAUUUCAAUGUAAAGAAAUCGGUUUUAUAUCCAGAAGCAAUCAUGCCUUCGGAAACCGUUGAAACCAGAUUGGAAAUUCAUUUGGAUCUAUCUUAUUUUAAAAAUAAUUCACUCGACGACAUACCAUUGGCGGUACAGAAGUUUUUAGUCAAUACAUUUACAGCUCGCAGAAUCAAUGAUAAUACAUUCCUUUGUCUUAACCGUGGAAGAGGUGGAUUUACAAGUGACAUUCUCACUAAAUAA